AUCAGCCAAAGAUGAACACCUACAAAGCGUUUUUAGUUGCCGUUUGCUGCUGCACUGCUGUGCUGGGUGUUACUGGUACCGAAAAUUCGAAUAAGGCUCUGAGAUGGACGUUCCAAAAUAGCUUCUACGAGUUGGUCACUGAUACUGAGCUUGGUUGGGCGCAAGCCAAGAACGAAUGCAGAAGAAAAGGAAUGUGGCUAGUGAGCUUUGAAUCCGAUGAAGAAUACUAUACAGUCCUCGAAUUUAUAAAACCGUUGAAAAUGAUAUUUUGGACGUCGGGUUCUGAUGACGGUCACGAUGGCGAGUUUUAUUGGGAGGCAACUGGGAAAAGUAUCGGAUCUUUCACUAGCUGGUUACCUGGUGAGCCAACAAUUGGGACUGACCUUGAGCACUGCCUGCAGAUGGCAGACUAUAAUGAAUUUCUCUGGAGUAAUGAAGAUUGCAACAAAACGGCAAAUUAUAUAUGUGAGGGAGAGGUUUGCCCGUGAUCUGCUCUUAACUGAUGUGUGAAAUGUUUUUGUAAACUUAUUCAAUAGAGUAAUAACCAAUUGAUAGAACUGAAAAAUAAAGAAAUUGAAAUGGACAA